CAUGAGCCUAGAAACGCUAUAUAAAAGGUGUCACCAUAUUUCUUUUAUCAUAUUCGAUUCCGAAAAUGCAUCUGAAUCUUCUAGCUAUCUCCGCUCUUUUUGGAGUGAUUGCAUGCAGCGGAUACGGCGGCGACAUCACCUACAAUAAUCAUAAUAACUUCCACGUUUUACAUGAUCGACAUCAUCGCAGUCAUCACUCUCGUAGCAACAGCAGAGACAGUGAUGAGAAAUGGGAAUGUCGUCGUCUUGGUGUUUUCAAUUCGCCAAAUCCAUUAACUAACCCGUUGUUAUCUGCUCCAAAGAUUGCUUAUUUCAAUCGUAAUGGAAAAGAAUACGCAAUUGCUGUGUGCGAAAAUCCACAGAUUCAAAUUCUUGUCGGAAAAUCAAGAGGAGCUUCACCAGACUUUACUCAAACUAGAGACUAUGCAGUUCUCUCAGCAAGCAGCAAAUCUGGAUUGACUUUUAAAUGCAACAGACGUCAUGAUCGGUAUGAAGCUGUCAACUUGGUUACUGGAAGCAUGGCCCGCAUCGAAGCACUCGCUUGUAUUACUGUUGCUCAAAACGACACAGCUGCGGUAGCUAUAGUUAAUGGAAUUGUUGGCCCUCUGCAGGCAGCCGGACUCCAUCUUUAAAAUAAUUGACAUUUCUUAUAAGGCUUCUUUAUAAAAGAUGAAUACAGUUUAUGGAAGGUUUUAUAUGCAGUUGUUCAUGGUACUUUCUGAGUUUUUUUUUCAGUUUUUGAAUUUAAUACAUUUCUGUAAUAGUA